AUGAAUGAUACUGGUGCGAGCAACAACAGCUCUCCGGUACUGCAGCGUCCAAGCACUAAUGGCCACCAUAACACUGCUGUCUCCUCCUACAACAUUCCUGAGCAACAACUUCCUGUAAACUUAGAUCGAACCCAACUGCAACAUGAACGUGAUGCUGCGGUGGCAGCUUAUGAGCAAGUAUCCGCGCAACUUGAACAACUGCGUAUGCAUUACGCCCAGUUACACGCAGCUUACUCCAGCAUGAGCAACAGUGCAGUCCAUUCCGAUGCCGAUAAGCAAAUUCAGCAACUUCAAUCGCUUUCCGCAAAUAUGAAGUCUCUUCGCGGUGACGAGUCGAAAAAACUGCAGAACCGUUUGGUGGAGUGUGAGCAUCUUCUGUCUGCCCGCAGCGUAGAACUCGAUGGUCUCAGAAGGAGUGAAGCCAAUGCCCAAGCACAACUUCUGGCUGUCCAGCAUGAAAGGAGUGAGGCGCAGGCUCGUCUCAAAGUCAUUGCCCGCGAGAAAGAAGUGUUGGACUCGGAGCUGAAACAAGUGAGGAAGGAACUCCAUAUGAAGGAAAUUUAUUUGAAGCAACUGGGCCCGCAUGGAAUAAUGAACAACAUGAGCGACGAGAACACCAUCAAAGCCCUACAUGCUCACAACAACGAAACUUGCAUGUUUUCACCUGGUAUGAUGGAUGGUGUUGCCUCCGAACAGCUUUAUCAGCAGCAGCCCUAUGUGAUAAGUGUCACAGAGGAUUCCGUCACGAAUUCUUCUCCUGCAUUGUCGGCCUCAAAUAAUCCUCUCAAAAAUGUGAUGAAUGAUACUGGUGCGAGCAACAACAGCUCUCCGGUACUGCAGCGUCCAAGCACUAAUGGCCACCAUAACACUGCUGUCUCCUCCUACAACAUUCCUGAGCAACAACUUCCUGUAAACUUAGAUCGAACCCAACUGCAACAUGAACGUGAUGCUGCGGUGGCGCUUAUGAACAAAGUUCCGCGCAAUCGAACAAAUGAACCGUUGUGGACGGAGUGUGAGCAUCUUCUGUCUGCCCGCAGCGUAGAACUCGAUGGUCUCAGAAGGAGUGAAGCCAAUGCCCAAGCACAACUUCUGGCUGUCCAGCAUGAAAGGAGUGAGGCGCAGGCUCGUCUCAAAGUCAUUGCCCGCGAGAAAGAAGUGUUGGACUCGGAGCUGAAACAAGUGAGGAAGGAACUCCAUAUGAAGGAAAUUUAUUUGAAGCAACUGGGCCCGCAUGGAAUAAUGAACAACAUGAGCGACGAGAACACCAUCAAAGCCCUACAUGAUCGAAUCGACGCUCUUCAAGCACAAGUCGGACUUCUUACUAACGAACGAGAUCAAAUGCACCAUAAUAGUCAAGAACUCAGCCGGCAUUAUGAAAUUUGUCGUUUGGAGUUUGUAAAUACACGCGAUAAAAUAGCAAACGAGCUUGCAGAAGCAGCAUCUGAACGAGAUGCGGCUUUGUUACGAGUUAAGGAAUUGGAAAACGACGUAUCUGUUCUGCAAAAGGAACAAAGUAAAAACAAGUCCGUUGCUCUACCUAUGAACAUGGGACUACAAGAGAGUGCUAUAGCCUUCACUGAAGAAGAUCUUAUGUACAAAGUCAACGAGGCGAAAAGGCGCGCAGAUGCUGAGUGGCAGCAGAAGUUCGAUGAAGAAGGAAGGGUGGUUGAUUCUAUGCUGAGAAACAAGGACCAACUGAUCUUCGAACGCGAGCAAACAAUCAGCGAACUCCAGAUGCGUUUGCGUCUGCUAGAAGAGCGCUCAGCUGAAACACGAGCGAGUGGCUCGGAUCUACUGUCACUGUCUGAACAGCUGCAGAAUGAGAAAGCUACUGUAUCACGUGCUGUUGCUCAAAAUAGAGAGCUCAAGGAACAGCUGCUUGAGACGGAGGACAGGCUAGUUGCACUCACUGAAGAAAAGCUGCAUUCCGAGUUAGCCCGUCAAACAGCAGAGCAUCAAGUAAAGGAACUUAUGAAACGGAUCGACACCGAAGUAAGUGCGAGAGCUUCACAGACUGAUUCUGGAUCAGUGCAACUACAGUCGGCUCCGCUGUUGUCCAAAGCGGGUGCUCUUGAGGCAGUGCUACAUCCAGCUACGUCUCUCGAGCCAUCACGGUCCACGGAGGAUUGGGAUGAAACGGAGCGCGACCGAUCUGAAAGUGUUGCAGAUGUAUCGCGAUGGGUGGUGAACGCUGAGCAAAUGCUGGAACCAGCUGGAAUGCUAAGCACCAACUAUUAG